AUGAAGGAUAAGAUGACUUCUCCUCUCAGACUGACACGCUUUCCAUUUAAUAUGUUAAUCAUCAGAAGUGUUGUAAUACUGAUAUUUACUUGUGAUAAUGCAGUGUCAGGUGCGGAAUUUUUGGGAUUCUCUUGGCAUUACUCAAUAUUCACAGAUGACACCAUAAGUGAUGAUGCAUUUGAAAGACAACACUUACAACGUGAUGUAAUCCCUCAGUCUUAUAAUUUAAAAAUUCAAUUUAAUCUACCCGAUGGAGAUCAGAGACUACCUUUCUUCAAUGGUUCUGUGACUAUCAAACUUUACUGUUUAAAUGCUACAAAGGUGAUCACUUUACAUGCUGGUGACAAUUUGAGAGUCUCUUCAAGGCAGGUUACUAUAUCUACUUGGAAUAAUAUAAAUGGGAACCCUAAGAAAGUUGAAAUUAAACGCAUUUCUCGUAUUAGAGAUACUGAUCAGUAUCGCAUAGAACUACAGUCUCCAUUAAAACCAAAUACUCACUACAAUUUGACAAUUGGUCGAUUUAGAUUACGCAGAGGCCGUGCACCAGAAGGUUUAUAUUUGACUGAUUAUGUAACAAAUGAUACACGCAGUUAUAUAGUAACCACUGGAACAGAACCAACACAUUCCAGACGUCUUUUUCCAUGUUGGGAUGAGCCUACAUUCAAAGCACAAUUUCAGGUUAACAUCAUACGUCAUAAAGAUUAUAAUUCACUUUCGAAUAUGCCCUUGAAUAAAACUGAAACACUCUAUGGUGAUUGGUGCCUUGACAGCUAUGAACCAAGUGAAAACAUAUCAGCACAUCUUUUGACAAUUGUUAUUUCUCAGCUUUCUCCAAAACAAAUAACAGAUUCAAAAGGAAGGAAUUUUACAUUUUGGGGCAGUCAAGAAGCACUACAGUUUGCCAAUAAUGUACUAAAUAUUUCUGCAAGAUUGAUUGAAUUUUUCGAAAAUUACUUUAGUGUUCCUUAUCCAGUUAAAAAGCUGGAUAUUGUUGCAAUCCCAGAUCUUGAUUAUAAAUGGUUCGGUAAUAUUGUUACAAUGAAGUGGUGGGAUAAUGUAUGGGUGAAUGAAGGUCUAGCUACAUUCUUUGAAUAUGCUGGACUGAGCCACAUUCAUCCGAAGUGGAAAGUGACUGAUAAUUUCCCACUGGAUGUUACACAAAAAGCUUUGUAUUUCGACUCAUCUUUGACAUCACUGCCACUUAGUCAGAAAAUAAUUUAUCCGGAAGAGGUUGAAAAUGAUUUCGGAAUUUAUUCAUAUGAUAAGGCAGCAUCUCUUUUGCGAAUGGUACAAUCGUUUGUAGGGCACAAGGCAUUUCUGGAUGGUGUAAAAAAUUACUUAAUUGAACACAAAUAUGAUACGGCUGAUGAUGAAGAUUUGUGGGAGGCACUGGAGAAAGCUGCAAAAGAGGAAAACAAAUGUGCCAACAUCACAAAAGUCAUGGAUACUUGGACUCGGCAAAUUAACUAUCCACUUGUAGUUAUCAAACGUGAUGAUACAAACACAUUUCAUUUCUCCCAAAUUCCUUACUUUGACCCUUCUAAUGACACAGAACCUUCAGAACACCACAACUAUACUUGGGAAAUACCUCUAACAUAUGGGUCAGCUAAUACGACAAAUUGGGAUGAGACAAGAGUUAUAUGGAUGACAAAUCGUACAAUGACCAAGACCUUAGACAUAAAGCCCACAAGCUGGUAUCUAUUCAAUGUCCAACAGACUGGAUAUUACCGAGUCAAUUAUACUGACAAUAACUGGCAACUACUGACAGAACAAUUGAAUAAAGAUUUUGAGGCGAUUCCAGUUGCUUCACGUUCACAAAUUAUAAAUGACCUUUUCAAUCUAGCAAAUAAAAACAAUGUGUCGUAUACUGUAUUUCUAAAUUUGACGAAGUAUUUAAAAAAUGAGAAUAAUUCGGUAGUUUGGGAAACAGUGUUACAACCAUUUAACUUUCUUUAUCACAUGCUUGGUUUAACUGAGAGUUAUACACAUUUUCAAGCCUAUCAACAGUCUCUCUUAGACAAGCCACUUGAAUCAGUUGAUUGGGUAACUAUAAAAGAAGAUCAAGAUUUUGAAAAAGGCUUGCGACGAGAAUACUUAGUUCAUCUCGCCUGUCAAGUGGAACAUCCAUUGUGUGUACGGAAUGCCACAGAACUAUAUAAUCAAUGGGUGAUUAAUCCCUCAAUAAACCCGAUACCACGAAGCUUGAGAAGGACUGUGUAUUGUUCAGCUAUACGUUCCGGUAAUGCAACACAUUGGGAGUUUCUAAGGCAGAGGUUAUCUGUGAAGGGCAAUGAUCAUGAGGAAAUGUAUAACAUUUUACAAGGAUUAUCUUGUUCAAGUAAUGUCGAGACUAUGAAAAAGUAUUCGAACUGGAUAUUACAGAAUGAAGACCUCCAGUAUGUGCUUUCAGAUAUUGCAUCAUCUCCAACUGGUAAUCAAGUGCUUUGUCAAAGUGCAAUAGACGAAUUGAAAAGUGUUGUGAAUGGAUCCAAGACUACUCAGCAAGGGCCAAAAAUUCAACGUUUAGUGGAACUGCUAGAUACUUUGUCUGAGUAUGGAGACGUUUUAAUUGAUGUUGCAAAGCAAGCAGAGAUAAUUGAAUUGGGAAGACGUGCUAUAGAAAGUUCUCGAAUACCCAUUCUACAGACGAUAUAUGCAACUUAUCUUCAAAGAGUCGAAAAAAAUCUAAAAUGGUUAAAUACUUAUGAUGAGGUCAUCAAUAGCUGGUUGAAGGAAAAUUUUGGGAAACAAUAA